CGGCUUCACAAUGGAUAUGAGCAUGGAACGUGAUAGCUCCGCUUUGGGGAGUCUAUUCCAGCAGAUAAUUAAUGAUAUGAAGAACACAUCACCAUUAUGGGAGGAUUUUGUUGCCAAGGCCAGUAAAUUACACGCUUGUUUAAAAGCGGCCAUCCAAGCAAUCGCAUCGUAUUUGGAUGCCUUCCAAAAAAUUGCAGACGCAGCAACAAAUUCAAGAGGAGCUUCAAAAGAAAUCGGCACCGCUCUGACCCGAGUAUGCCUACGACAUAAGGCGGUUGAGACACGCCUGAAAACAUUUACAGCCGCAAUUAUGGACUGUCUGGUACAACCAUUACAAGAAAAAUUAGAAGACUGGAAACGUUCUGUUGCUAUGAUCGAUAAAGAACAUGCCAAAGAAUAUAAACGCUGUCGCACCGAACUCAAAAAACGUUCUACAGAUACUCUGCGUCUACAAAAGAAAGCCCGUAAAGGUCAAUCGGAUAAUUUACAAUCGUUGAUGGAUUCGCAUAUGCAAGAUGUCACUCUGCGACGUGCCGAAUUGGAAGAGGUUGAAAAGAAAUCUUUACGCUCGGCAAUGAUUGAGGAGCGUAUGCGCUAUUGUAAUUUUGUACAUUUACUACAACCGGUCGUUAAGGAGGAAUGUGAGGUGAUGUCGGAAUUGGGUCAUUUGCAGGAAGCAAUGCAAUCAAUUGCUUUGGUUACCAAAGAACCACACGUUUUACCACCUGCCAGUGAGGAAUUAAUACACGAUGCCAAGGCAUCGAUAACACUAUAUCCCGAAUCGCCAAGUACCAGUGGUGGUGGUGGCGGUUCACUGUCACAGGGAGGUUGUUCCAAUUCAUUGGGGUCACGUAAGUCAUCGGUGUGUUCCAUAAGUUCCAUGAAUAGCAGUGGUUCCAGUAAUUCACCCGGCCAUCCACACUAUCAGAGGUCAUUGUCGCAGUAUAUUUCACCAUCAAUGCGCUUAAAACCUGGUGAAUCCAGUGAUAGUGGCUUUUGUUCAUCGCCAGCCUUGACAACACAGGCCUCCUCUAUUGCCAAUCCUUCACACGCUGUCACUACAUGGCCCACACAUUCACAGGAUGCUGUUGACUUAGCACCCAAUGCCACAGAUCGACCACACACAAUUUCAUCAGCCUAUGAAAAGGGCCAUCAACGGCCUCCCUUAACUGUCUACACCUUUCAAAAUCCUGAAACUAUACACGAGGGUGGUAAUGCAAAUGGUAAUGGUAGUGCUGCCGGUAGCAAUUCCGGUCAAAAUACACCAUCGACACAGAAGUCACCAGGUGGUGCAUUAAAUCGUCCUCCACUGCCAGUGCGUUGUUCAUCAUUGGAACGUCCAUUGAUUGCCAGCGGCAAUACACGUGGUGGCAAUGGUCCAAAUAUUAUGCAACGUCAGUGUCCAUCACCGAUACCGGCUCAUGUAACCAAAGAGCUAGCAGCCCAUCUUGCUCAGCAACAACAUUUGCAACAGCAGCAGCAACAAUCAGCUCAGCAGCAGGCUUCAGCUGUGCACAAUCAACAACAGCUACAACAACAACAAUGUUCCCCGCCUACCUAUGUUAAUAUGUCGGAAUUGGCCAAUAUGGCAGCAAUGAAGCAACAACAACAAUCAUCAUCAUCAUCAUCACCCCCAACCUCGACAGUACACCAAAAUCAACAGCAGCAACAACAACAGGCUGUAUUACAGCAACAACACUCCAUUGAUUCAAUAUCAUCCCUACACUCAAAUGAUUCAAAUCAAUCGGUGGCAUCCUCGGGCCUGCAACAACAACCACACCCUAAUCAACAACAACAACAACCGAAUACACCACAACACAACAGUCAAACAUCAUCAACACCCAUACACCAACAUCCAACAACAACACAACGUUCCCAUUCCUCUAGCUCGAUGACACCAUCGCUACACUCACAUCCAUCCAUUGAUUCCACAUCGUUGGCCACACCAUCCAUUGGACAAACUCCCACCCAUUCGAGUGGCAGUUCAACACCCCAAAACCACUAUUCACCAUUGCUCAACAAUUCCCUAUCGUCAACGGCCGCUGGUACACCCAGUGGUUCCAGUAUUGCCAGCGGUAAUAUGUCCCUGAGUGGUGGUGCCCCCGCAUCUGGUGGCAUCAUUGCCGGCGGCAAUGGUUCGGGUAAUAAUAGUUUUGUCUAUAAUGUCUGCUCGCCCACACCACCGCUUAGCGCCAAUUCCUCUCAGGCUAGCGAUAUUUUGAAAAUCACCGAAAAUGACGGCGGCAAUAAUGGUGUUGUCAAUAUGCAGCAACAGCAGGAAACCGCAUCCCCACCCGGAACAACAACUAAUAAUAAUAGUAGUAGUAUUAAUAGUGAAAUUCAGCCACCACCAUUAAAUGCUAACACCAUUAACAGUAGUAGUUCCAUGUCCAAUACAACAAAUUCAAUUCAAGAUAAUUCUAAUUCCAAUACUACAUCAGCAGAGGCAGACAACACCUCCACUUCGUCAUCAUCCGGGGCUGUUGUUGAAAAUGAUGAACGUUCCCGGGCAUCGGUAUUACAAAAAGCCUCCAUGUUUGAAAAACAGGCGGCAGCUGCCAAAAAUGCACCAAUACCUUCAUCCUCCUCGUCUUCGUCGUCAGCAUCUGCUGCUGGUGGCGGGGCACGCCAUUCACCAGUUGUUGUUGUUGAAGGCGACAAAUGUUUCGAAGAUUCUUUACAAGAAUUAAAUAAUUUAAUUGGCGAAUUAGAUUCUUUUCAACGUGAAAUAGAUGCCAGCAAGGAACAACAAAAGCAGCAGCAGGCGGCAUCCUCACCCCAACAGCAGCACCAGCAACACCUCGUGAAAAAUGUCAAGAACCUCUAUGAUGGCCUGGACGAUGCCUACAAUUGCAACGAAACAAUGACAAUAAUAACUGAUGAUACCACUACCACCAUAAUCUGUGAAUCCCAACAACACCAACAUCAAUUACACCAACAAAUGGCCGAUAAGGAUUUCUGUACGGCCAGCAAUCAAACCAACAGCAGCGGUUGUGGUACAGAUAUUUCCGAUACAACCUCAGAGGAUUGUAAUGCCGAUACCCGUUCCCUGACCAGUCAAACUGGUGGUGUGGUGUUGAAGACAAAUUUGAAAAGUUUAUCAGGCGGUGCCUAUAACUCAGAUUCGGAAUUGAGUCGUUGUUAUGUGAGUGAGACUAGCUCGAUAAUGGGCGGUGCCGGUGAUGGUUAUGAAAAUCCCACAUUUGCCCAUUUUGCUGUGUCCUCCACAUCGGGUUCACAGUGUUAUGAUGACAAUCGUUCGGAUACCAUAUCGCUGCAACGUCAUGGUAUUUAUGCCGACAAUCUCAGUGAUAGUGGUAGUAAUGUGGUGGUGAUCUAUGAUCAUCAACCACCCAUGACACCGGACAUAGAUUAUGCCAAGCAAAAUUCGGAAAUAGUUAUGCUUCGCACGAAACCACAGCCUUACGCAUUGGGACAAUACGAUCAGCAAGAAAUGAGAGAGUUACAGCAGCUGCCCAGCAAUUUGACAGAGUUGCCGUUAUCGCCAACCGACUCACCCGAUCAUCAUCAGCAUGUGGCCACGGUGCAGCCGGCCAAACAGCGUCUCUCCUCGUUUCGGGCAUCCAGUGAACAGUUGCAGCUAUUGAAUAGCCCCUCGACACCGACAUCAACAAAAGGAUCGACACGCAUUGCACGAAGAUCUUCGGUUAAUACUGCCAAACCACCACCGCCAAUUAGACGCAGUUCAUCAGUAACACCUAGUCCAAAUACACCAACAACGCCAACGAAUGCAAGCAACACAAAUUUAUUACAAGCCCAUUCGUUGAAUACUUCUACUGAAAAUUUACCACCACCACCGGCCUAUCUCUUGGAUGGACGUCAAACGACACCAAAUAAUCAACAGCAACAACAACCACCUCCACCACCGGUUGGUAUGCCUAGUUCUUCGUUAAAGGUUUCGGAUACGGUAAAAGCUUUAUCAGCUGGCCUGAGACAUCAACCAGCUUCACCACAAACUUUAAGACGUCUGCAACAACAACAGCAGCAACAACAACAAAUGGUAACAUCGCCACCACCAAUGUUGCCAAGUGCAACACAAUCCAUGUUACAGCAACCGAGACAAUAUCACCAUCAAUAUACCAAAUCUUCUCCGGUGCUUUUAUCUCCAAUAUUGAGUAAAAAAUCUCGUACGCCUACACCCCCAACACCACCACCCAUAAAUCGUUCUUUAAUUAUAACCGAUUUGGAUGAAACACCACCACCUUUGCCACCACCCAAUCCCAGCCAACAGCAACACUAUUCCACAAAUCAACAACAGUUACGCUAUCAACAGCAACAGUUGUCAUCGAAUUAUAGCCACCAACAACAACAACAAAUGCAGCAUCAAAAUUAUUAUGAUAAUAAUGGUGAUGCCAUCGUUUAUGGUUCCAAAUCACCAACUUCAUUUCGCACUUCAUCACCCGGCGGCAUCUAUGCACAACCGAAAAUUCUAAAUAAUAUGUCGAGUUUUCGUACAAAUAGCCCCGGUCCGAACAAUGGUCAUCAGACGCCAACAACACAGUCGCAUGUACCAGCUCAACCAAAAACCAAUCCUAAUCUAAUAGCUCAAUUAAAUGCCCGACUAAAUAGUAAACAACAGAACAGCAACAGUGAUGGCAUCUAUGGAGUCUCGCAGCAGAGUAGCAGGGAACGAUCGGAUGAUAUUUAUAUGCGCAAUUAUGGACAACAGCAGCAGCAACAAAUGUCGCCUCAUGUAUCACAGCAACAGCAGCAAACCUACGACGGUAAAUUUAUUGAAAAUUCUAAAAUAAAAUUAUAUGGUAGUUUUAGCACUUCAUCAUCAACACAACAAUUGUCAUCAGCAUCAUCUUCAUCGUCGGCAACAACAACAUCAUCUUCAUCCAAAACAUUAGUACACAAACAAAAUCAGCAACAUCAGACAUCAUCUUCUUCAUCUACUUCUCAUACCAAUUCCACCGCCACAACACAUCUCACAGCCUCGGCUAGUUUUAAUGCUUCACCACAUUUUCCACUCUCCUCAUCGACAUCAUCGUUAUUAUCCAAAGUAUCGUCCUUUGCCAAAGAAUCCAAUUCGUCUGGUAUUUCAGUGAAGGCCAAACAUCAUCAUCAUAGUACUGCUAGUAGUAGCUCUUCCCAUAAUUCUUCCAAUGCGUCUUCUUCUUCUUCAACUGUAAAUACUGUAAACUCUUCUUCUACCGCUUCUCACUAUCAUCCUCCUAUCAAUAAUUCCUCAAAACAAAAUGCAGCCGCUGAAACAAACGCCAAUGCCAAUAAUCCAUUGUAUCAAACGAAUCCGAAUUCAUAUAAUUCUUCUCAAUAUUAUGCGCCUAAACAUAUAACAGCUGCUGGCCACCAUCAUCCCACUGCCAAUAAUCAGCAGCAGCAACAUCAUCAGCAACAACAGCGACAGCAGCCGCCUUUGUCUCAGUCCCCUCAAUUGCCAGCCCAUCAGUCGAUAUCACAUUACCAAAGUGGUGGCCAUCAAUCGCAGCAGCAGCAGCAACAGCCACAUUAUACGUGUCCCCCACCGCUUGAAGAUCCACCUCCACCACCAAUUCAUGGCAAUAACAAUUCAGCUACCAUGCCUAAACGUGGUAUCAAUCAUCAUCAUCACCAUAAUCAGCAGCAGCAGCAAGCCCAUGCCACCACAAAUUUGGCUUCAUAUGCUGCGGCUUCUUCAUCGGCCACUUUGCCCAGAAAUAUGAUGCAACAACAACAACGUUUACAUCUGCAGCAGCAACAACAGCAAAGCCACUAUGGUACUACCCAAGGAGCCCAACAGCAACAAUAUCACGCCCCGGCCGCCAUAUCCGCAGGCCAUCAACAGGAUCAACAGCGUCAGCAACAGCAGCAGCAAUAUCAGGCGCCACAGAAUAUUAGCCAAAGGCCACCAAUGCCACUGCCACAUCACUCAAACCAGCAACAACAACAACAGACACAACAAUAUCAACAACCAACACCACCAUCCUCUGCUGCCGGUGGCAAUAGGCAAAGGACAAUUUCUAGCUCUUCGGUGGCAACAAACAAGCAACAACAGCCACCACAACAACCACCAAUACCCUCACGCCAUUCCAGUGUUCAACAGAAAAUAUUUGUAGCCACCAAUCCGUUCAUACAAACCACCACAAUACACUGCCAGUCACCCGGUGCGGGUGGUGCAUCAUCCGUCCAUUCUCAGCCGGCAUCGCCGAUUUGUAAUUCCCCCACACCCUCGUCCAUAGCCAGUAUAUAUGGUACCAGUGGUCGACGUAGUAGUGGUGGUGGCAGUGCAGCCGCCAUGAGUGGUGGAGGCGGCAACAGCGGUGGCCACUAUGAUUCUGGUAAUGGUGGAUCCUCCAUAUAUUACAAUCAUCAUCAUAAUCAUCAUCAGCCACAGACGACAUUUACCACGGCCAAUACAAAUUAUACCAGCACAAAUAUUGAUAAAUCUGGUAUGACACGAGCGAAAGCAAAAGCUGAAUUCUUAGAAAAUCUCAAUCAAAAAUUGGCUAAACAAAGUCUUUCAGGUCGAGCCUUUGCUGUACGUAAUUUAAUUAAUAGCAAAGCAUUGCCGGAUCCCCGUAUCUGUCAUGAAUCCUUGAUGGAUCAAAUAAAACGUGGGGCAACAUUAAAACGCAACCAAAAAAUCAAUGAUCGCAGUGCUCCGAAAAUCUAUUAAAA